UGUGAAGCAGAGAUCAGCUGGCACAACCUCGAAGAUGGCUGCGUUGCUUCGAUCCCGCAGUUUUCACAGGAUUUUUAGUGGUUUUAGGCAAUCAUGGACUUCAAAUGUCCCACGAUGCGAAGCUCUCACCCUUCAGAGGCUCCAGACGAUGCCGCUACAUUCGUCAGUCACGAGAUUGUUGUCAGCACAGAGGCCAGUGGAAAAUGUCCGAAGUGGACAAGUACAUACAGUAGGAAUUGAUAAAGCUUUGUUUCGUAUUGAUACUGAGAUACGAAGAACGGGACGAAUAUUUAAGAAGGAUAUUGAAGAAAUAUUUAGAGAAAUCAAAGCGCUAAAAUAUGCCUCAAGUAAUCAAAGCCUGCUCUUGCUUCGAUGUUGUGGAAGUCUAGUACCUGAAGAACUACCAGAAGUUCGGAAUAAGUUGUUGCAAGAAAUUUGGGAUACAUUACUAGAAUUACGAAUUCCUCUGGAUGUGAGCCAUUAUAAUACCCUUCUUCGGGUUUAUCUGGAAAACGAGCACAAAUUUUCGCCAACGGAGUUCCUGGCUGAUCUUGAGAAAAAAGGCAUAGAGCCCAACAGAGUAACCUACCAGCGUCUUAUUGCUCGCUAUUGCCAGGAUGGAGACAUUGAUGGAGCCACUAAAAUUCUAGAGUUUAUGAAAGAGAAGCAGUUGCCUGUUGGUGAAAAUAUUUUCAAUACUCUCAUUAUGGGUCAUGCCAGAGCAAAUGACAUGGAAAGUGCACACAAGGUAUUGGAUGUAAUGAAAGGCUCUGGUUUGGAACCCAGCACAGACACCUAUACAAUGUUACUUGUGAGCUAUGCUGAACAUGGGAAUAUUGAGGGUCUUCAGUCAGCUCUAGCAGAAUGUGAAUUGGCCGAGCUUCACCUCCAUGAUCGGGAACUUAUGGAAAUCAUUUUAGCCCUAGCAAUCAAAGGGCACCAACAGCAUGUUCCAAUGAUAAUAGAGAAGCUUCAGAAAGUAGCAGGCUACCAGCAAGAUGUUAUGAACCUUGUUUAUCGACUGUUGAAUGCAGGAUGCCAUGAGGUAGCGUACAAGAUGUUCUCCACAAUGAAAAGUCCGCAGAAUGCAGAAGGAGAAUCAAACCCAGUUGGGUUUUUCUUCAUCAAACAUAUUGUGAAAUGUGGCUUGCCUACAUCAAUAGCAGUGCAGUACUGCCAAGAAAUGAAGAAAAAUGGUCAAAAUAUGUUUGCUUUGGAGACGGCUCUCGGUGCUGCUCUAUCAAAUGGCCUUCCUGAAGCAGCUAUGUUCAUAUUAAGAGUGAUGAAUGAGGAUGGAGUUCAGUUAAGGACACAUUACUUCUGGCCUAUCAUCUUGCACUAUGCCAAACAUGGCAAAAUUGAGAAGCUUUAUGACACUGUGAAGGAGAUGGUUACCUUUGAGGUUCCCUUGACGUUUGAAACUUUUAAACAUUAUGUGAUACCAGCAGCCUUGUGUCAUCAGGAUCUAGAUAGUGUGAUUAGAGCACUAAAAGAUGCAGGGAUGCCUUUUGCAGCAAUAAUUAGUGGGUGUGUUGCCUACCUUCUUGAAAAGAAAGAUAUAGCAGCUGCAGCUAAUUUAGUAUCCAGGUACCGCUUCCGCUUGACGCCUGCUCUUCGUCGUGACCUGGUUGAUGCUUAUAUUGAAGUAGGUGACUCGAUGGCAACAGCUAUAGUUCUUGGCUACAUGCUGCAGUACAAUCAAGAAACAGUUGGUGAAGCUAAAGAAACAGAAGUUGAAGCUCUCCAGCAGGAUAUUGCUGGACUGUUUAUACUGGAUGUAAUACAGAGUUCCCAUAGGUCUUCAUUAGACAAUAGAAUAAAGCCACUUCUUCAGGAAAUGGCAAGUCGGAAUAUGAAUAUUAGCAAAGACAAUGCUGUACUCAUCAAGUCCAAACUGGAGCAGCGAAUGAAUGAAGAAGUGUUAAAGCUUUUGGAUAGCUUGUCAUCUGAAGAUCUCACAUUUCAACCUCCACCUCGGGAAUUUGUGGGAUCACGGCCAUUCCAGAAUGUGGAAGAGCUUGAGCGUCGCCUUGUUGAACUGGAAACCAACAACCUUCCAACAGGAAAUAUUCUAAGUCAGCUGCUUUUUACUCAUAUUCGCACUCGGGACACAAAGAAAGCCGAAGAGGUCAAAAAGAAAUUGGAUGCCGAAGAUUUCCCAUUUGGCACAGGCCUGUAUGUUUUGCUGAUUGAUAUGUAUGUAAAUGAAGGUCUACUUCCUGAGGCUAUAGCAGUUCUUCAAGAACUUGAGCAAAGGGAACCAGAAAGCAAGUUAAAGCCCUUUAAAUGUUUACGGCUGGCACACCUUAUGGUCCAACACGAUAAAGUGGAAGACGCUCUGAAGUUAAUUGAGAAUCAUGCACAAGAAGGUUAUGAUGACAGCAAGGAAUUGGCAGUGCUGGCAAACUUGAGUAAACGCUUUCUGGAUGUACUAGCUGACAAAGGAGAUGUCGCUACAGUUCAGCGUUUCUUAGACACACUCUUACGCAACAAGGUUGUCCAGCCUGGAAGUGUUGUCUUCGGUACUCUCAUCAGAGCCCAUCUUGCAAAUGAUGAUUUGGAUGGAGCGCUCAAGGAGUUUGAAAACAUCUGCCGGGAGCAUCGUGUGACUCCUUACAAGAUCGAGCUGACUAAGCGUUGCAUUAGUUUGGAGGAUGCAGAUAAAUUGCAGAAAAUCAUGGACUUGAGUAUUGAAAUCCAUGGAGACCUGAAUAGCUUGUAUGACAUGGUAUUUGCCUUCAUUGAAUGUGGGCGCAUCAAACAAGCAAAAAAGCUCCUAGAGACUCCUGGUUUACGAGCCUUUAACGUAAAGUUGGACAAUCAGUGCAAGAGAUACCUGGAGAAUAACAGAAUAGAAGAGCUAGAGCAUUUGGUGAAUAGCACUCGGGAUGUCUUUGAUUUGGACAGACAUAUGAUGUACAUGCAUCUAUUGACAGCUUAUAGACAACAAAAUGAUUGUGAAAAGGCUUUGGGACUCUGGACAUCUAUGCAGGAGGAAAAUAUUCAACCCACCGAGACAUUCUUAAUAAAACUGGGAGAAUUUCUCAAAAAUAAUGGCCGUGAGGUUCCCUUCAUUAUUCCAGAAUUAAAAUCAGAGGCUUCUGAAGAAACUCCUACAGUAGACAACAGCCUAAACACCAGGAACUUCAUCCCUGCAGUUAAUGCUAAAAAUCAGAUAGAGCUGUCUGGUAAGCAGUCAACUAUAAGUGAUCGCUCAAAAUUGAUUGAGAGGCUUUUGCAAGAUGGUCAAUUGGGAGAAGCUUCCAGGAUGACCCGUGACAUGCUGAUAAGUGGCACUCAUCCCAUUGCAAGAGUUUUAAAGUUCUUGAUGAUUCAGUUGGCCAAGGCUGGUGAUGUAGAGACCAUUACAUUUUGUACAAAAUACCUCAGUGAUGAUUUGAAAAGGCGAAUUAAAAUCAGCAACUCCCUGUGUGCAGCAUACAGAAAUUCAGGGCGCUCAGAGGAGGUCUUGGAGAACUUGCAAACAAAGCUUCAAGAAGCUACUGAUAUUGACCUUCCACGCCUUGAUGAGGAAUUUCCCAGAGGUGGAGUGAUAGGCAUUUUGGAAGAGUCUCCUCAACUUCUUCCCAAAGUAAUGUCUUUAGCGGAUGAAUAUGCAUCUCGAGGGAUAACUGGUCCAGCAAACUGUGUGUGGAUGCAUCUAUUCAGUCAAGGUAGUUAUGAUGAAGCACAAGAGUUUUAUGGCAAGCACCUGUCUGAAAGCAGCUCACGACUGAUGUUCCGAAGCAUUCUGAAUUGUGCACGCAGAACUAAGAAUGCAGACCUUCCAGCCAAGCUUCUAGAAUUUUUGAAUGGACAGCCCAAUGUGCACUCUACUUCCAAGGGUUUGGUGUACAGCGCAUGGAUUGAUAUUCUUGUUGAUGAGGGAAAGAGCGAGGAAGGGCUGAAGGUGUUGCAAACUUCCACCGACUCCAUACAUUUGGAAAACAUCAACCAAACUGCAUUAAUCAAGCUAAGAGAUGCAUUAACUAAUUCUGGCAAAUUAUUUCCCUACACAAUUCCUCAGAAGGUAAAUCGCAAUCGCCGGGACGUAAAGAGCAGCAGCAGUAGUAGCAGUGAUAGCGACUGAUGUGUAUACUAUUAAGGGAGACUGUAAUGUUAAAAUUAUUUCUACAAAAUAUAAAUUUAUUCAAAUAGUUUCAAUAAUUUUUCUGGCCAUAUGAAUAGUUACAAGUUUAUGAAACAUCUGGUUGAUGAGCUUUGUUUAAAAAGUGACAAUUUUUUUAAUAAAAUAAUAAUUUCUGUAGCAAUUGAGGUUUCUUUUGGCAAAUUAUUUAGUUAAAAUUUGUGUAAAGCCUCUUCUCCUAAGUGACCAGAGCUCAUAAAUGAAAGUGAAAGAAAAUUACUGGUUGACCAAAGCUGUAAUUUGAAUAGUUUAGGCUGGGAUAGUGUUAGUAGUGCAAGCUGGUACAUUCUACUGCUUUAUAUGGAACUUUCUCAUGUAUUGGAAUUUGUUCAGGUGUAACUAAACUUGAUCAGUGCUAAAGACAUUUUUCCUUGUGUAAAUAUGGGUUUGGCUGUCAGACUGGGAAAGUAGCCUCGGCUUGCUUGCCUUGAAGUACAAUAAUUCGUCUAAAGAAUAAAGCGUGUUCCAAUCAGCAUAUUCAAAUGGGAAGGAAAUAAAAGCUAAACAUGAAAAAGUCACAAUUACACAAGUAGGUAGAAAAUGCAUUAACUUCAUUGUGGUAAUAGAUAAAAUUUUGCAAACCAAGCGACGAUGCACCAAGAGAAUGGGAAAUUGUUUGUCUUUCCAGAACCACAGUAUAGAGGGAAAAGUUUUGCCUUUGUCUCUUUAUGGUACCAUUUUCUGUGCACAUUGAAAAUAAAAUGUUUUACUGUUGCAAUGUUUAUAUCAUGUACAAAUUGUGCAAAAAAUUUAAAGUAUUGAGAAAAUGCAUUCAUUAAAUAGUUUAAAAUAAAAUAUAAUUUCAAUGAUAUAUGAAGAUUUGAUUUUUUUUUUUUUUUAAAUUGUACUGGUGCAAUUUGCUGUGGGUGCUACCUCAGUGGACUAACAGUAGAGGAAGAAUUACCUUCUUGAUCUCUUGUAUCAUGUGUCUUUACUUUCAUUCCAUAACUUUCCACACAAAAAGGAUAGAUUAUGAUGAAGUAGCAUGUUCCACACUGCAAGUUUAAACAAUUUGAGAUUGUGCCUAUCAUUGCGAGCACUUGCUAUCCCUUCAAAGUUUAGCCUUACUGUAUUUGUAAAAUAGUUUUCUAUUUUUUGUUUUCUAAAAGUGUUUUGCAUUUACUUGGAUUGGACGGAAGUGCGAUAGUCUCACAUCUUAGCGUUCAUUUCCCGACCAUCCAAGUGAUCGGGUACAAUUCCUUUCCUUUAUCUUAUCCUAACUCCCUAUCCCUUCCAAGGGCUAUAUAAUUAUAAUAACUUAGUGCUUUCUCGUGAUAAUUACCCUACUUUACCUUCAUAUGUUGUAAUUAGGUUAUGUCUGAAUAAUACUAGUAUGUUAUAGGAUUUCUUAUGUUCCAUAUCUGUUUAUUGGCUGGUUUUGUACAAUUUAGGUUUUAUGUAUAAUAAUGUAAAUAUUUUGUAUUAAAA